AAAUUAUCGCAAUUUUUUGUUGUUGACAACACACAACACAGUUUGUUAACAUACAAGAUACAAAAAAAAAUGAAAAAACUGUUUUGCAAAUGAAAAUGUUCAAUUAAAUACUAAACAAGCCUUAAAAUACCAAUUAAUUAUACACUAAAUUAAUACCAUGUGAAUUCAGUAAUCUUAAAUUAUCAAGUCCCAAAUUCAGAUCCGUCCCUCCCAGUUUGUAUAGAUUUUGUGCAACAACCAAAAUGUGACCUUUCCAUUCAAUUAAUCGCUGUUUAUUGAGAAAGUCUUUAGGUUUUGUGUGCAAGACAAUAUGACAAACAAUUUGCUGCAAAACAGAAUUAUUCGCAAUGUGGAUUUUUGUAGUAUCAGCCUGUGUUGGAGUAGUUUUGGUGAUGUCGCUGUUUUUGUGUCUUUGCUGGAGGAACAAGACACCUAAAAACGAAUGGCUUGGCGUAGAUGGCAUGGUAACUCAAAAAAACCCUGAUGAAAAUGUAAAUCAUCUUCCUUCGGCUUCACCUUGCAUGAACCGAGUCGCCAAUGGAGAAGUUUCUGAUAAAAGAAACACAAUAAGCAAUUCUCGUAGAAGCCUGCCGGAUAUCCCGUCAGAAAUGGUUGCAGGAGUUGUAUGGGAAGCCAACGGUGAUAAUUCCUCGGAACACUAUGCCACUCUAGGCCAGUAUCAAAAUCCUGGUGAAAAACCAGCUACAACCAAUGGGCUCGCUCCCAGGUCUAGUAUCUCUCAGCAUAGCUCUCUAAGUCAAGCUGAUGAUACAUUUUCACCAUACGAACGAGUAAAGUAUGAUAAAAUUAAGUCUAAGGAGCAUCCUUAUGCACAAGUACAACCCAAUCCUAUGAGAACUACUGUGUAUGAAGAGAAUCAUACUAGUGUUGAGGAGAGGGUCACUUUGUUGAGAACUGACGUUCCCAGUACUUCGACAGCUGUUUCAACAACUCCAAUUAGAUCGCGCAGAUCUUCCGCACAAAGUACUGAGCCGACAGUAGACAUUCCAGCAGCUACGGCAGUUGCAGGAGGCAUAGCUGCAAGUUAUGAGCUCCCUUACAUGACUCCUCCAAUUAAUUUUAGCGGAGAUUCACAAGAUUCUUCAAAGGGUUAUACAAGUAUUAGUGUCCGUGAGCCUUUAGCCAAUAUAUUGGCCCAAACUAAUUCGGUAACUAAGCAAAAAAGGAAGCUGGAUGUUCACUAUUCCACUGUGUCUGAUGAUUCUGAUGACGUAUAUACAACGAUUCCAGAUCCAAAUAAUCCAAUUUACACAAGCGAAAGUGAAACUUACGCUCGGAUUCCGCCUUUACCUAUAACGGUGGAAGCUGAAAUUAACAUUCCACCUAGUGAAAGAAGCAAUAAUGAUCGGCCCGAAGUUGAUCAAGUAUAUGAAGAACCUCCCGUCCAACCCUCCAAUGUAGAUGGCUUGAAGCAUGUUACUUCACAUACACAUACCCAUUCAAGACAAGCCUCUUCAUCAAGUUCUGCCAACUUUGGUUCCCCGAAACCAGAAAAACGACAGGCAAAUUCACCUCUACCUCCGCCCCCGCCAGACCCUUCACAUGACUUUAACGCGGAUAAGUUGCAGGUGAAGCGAAAUUUGGACGAUUUGUAUGCAAAAGUUCAAAAGAAUAGAAAGGAAGAUGUGACUGAUACAACUGAUGGUUCUUCAGAUAGAAGCAGCCUCAAUGAAUCAGUGAGAGGCUCUAUAGUGGUUCACCAAACGAUCUCCAAAGACAAUUCCGAGCACAAUUACGAAACCUUAAAAAAAAGCUCAACAACGCAAAGCGAUUUUGGUUACGAGAAAAUCAAAGGAGCUCCAGAAAGCGAACCCGGAUAUGCCAGUAUUAACGGACCCGACAGUCUCGCUGCCUCCUCUGAUCCAGGCUACGAGGCUUUGCAACAAGUCCACAUGAAAAUGGGGCCUAAUUAUGAAGAAUUACGUCCUAGUAAUGAUAUAAACGAAGCCAUUAGUAAUAACUCAGGAUAUUCUGUUGUAAACAAAAAAAAAAAAGUUUCAAAUACACUACUGGAAGAACAUAAAUAUGAACAUCCAACUUAUACAACGAAAUCUAGCGGCAGCGAAAGUGAUCCAAACUACGAAUCCGUCAAUAAUCAAUCGGAUCCGAAUUACGAAAGUGUGAAAGAUUUGGAACUUUUUGACGAUCCAACGCGGACUGAUUAUGAAACUUUGAGGUGUAGUAACGUGUCGGAAAGUUCGAAUAGUAGGACCACAGAAAGUGAGCCACCUUACGAGCGUUUGCGUAACGACAUUGACAGUGACGUGCCCGGGUACAAUAAGGUGGACGGCAGUUCAGGCAGUUCUGGCAACGAAAUAGAGCCAAUACAAAACGAAGAAAACGAUUUAGCUUUAAAUAUACACGACGAAAACGCUGUAGUUCAAGUUUAAUUAUA